CAAUGAGAAUAUAAAUUCAUGUCUUGUUUGUCUUUUUUUUUUGCUCUUAUCUCCCAGAAUGAAAAUACGAUGUGUCCGGUGCCUUCAAAACGUGAAACACAGGUGUUUCCUGUUUUCUCUGUUUGUGCUGGCGGUCUGUCUGCUGGUCUACAUUAAAGUGACGCCGAGGGACAGUGUCUACCUUGAUCCCUAUGGAAUCCCAGCCAGCGUCUACGGAAUUCUCAACCGCAAGUACAACAUCAACUGCACGGCCAUUUACGAGCUUGACCCCGUGGAAAUAGGCAAAACUCUUGAGAUUAAAAGGAAAGUGGCCGUGGCCGUGGAUGAUGAGAGUGCGCUGAGUCUCACUGCAGACUGUCAAACAUUCAUCAGAGCAAGGGCUUACAAUCAAGUUCCUGUGUCGGAGGCGGAGCGGAGCUUCCCGCUGGCUUACUCUCUGGUGGUGCAUAAAAAUGCACCCAUGGUGGAGCGUGUUCUUCAUGCCAUCUAUGCACCUCAUAACAUCUACUGCAUUCACUACGAUCAGAAGUCCUCCCCAGUGUUCAUAAACGCCGUUCAAAACCUGGCUCGGUGCAUUCCAAAUGUUUUCAUCGCCUCCAGACUGGAGUCUGUGGAAUACGCCCACAUCACCAGGCUGUAUGCCGACCUCAACUGCCUCUCUGACCUGAUGAGGUCUGAGGUCAAGUGGAAGUAUGCCAUCAACCUGUGUGGCCAGGACUUUCCUCUGAAGUCAAACUACGAGCUGGUGCUUGAACUGAAGCAGCUGAAUGGCAGUAACAUGCUGGAGACCAGUCGCCCCAGUGAAUUCAAGAAACAGCGUUUCCACUUCCAGCACGAGCUUAAAAAAGUGCCGUACGAGUAUCACCGCAUGCCCGUGAAAACCACGGCGGCCAAAGACGCUCCUCCUCAUGGGAUCGAGAUGUUCGUUGGCAGCGCAUUUUUCGUCCUGUCGUGGGAUUUUGUGCAUCACAUCAGCAGCAGCCAGGUAGCGAAGGACUUCCUGUCAUGGUCUGCUGACACGUACUCACCAGACGAACACUUCUGGGCCACACUCUCCAGGCUGCCUGGAGUUCCAGGACAUAUUCCCAGGUCAGAAGCAGAUAUCACAGAUCUGAGGAGUAAGACGCGACUGGUAAAGUGGAACUACUUAGAAGGAAAACUUUACCCCGCCUGCACGGGUACACACGUGAGGAGUGUUUGCAUUUACGGAGCUGCUGAACUGCGCUGGCUCCUUAACGAUGGCCACUGGUUUGCUAACAAAUUUGACCCUAAAGUGGAUCCAUUCCUGCUGACGUGUUUGGAGGAGAAGCUGAUGGAAAAGCGUCUGCCCAAGCAGAUAUGAUCGUUGAAGGGAGAGUUGGUGUUUAUUAUGUGCAUAGACAAAGAUUUGAAAGUAUUUUAAAUCUGCGUUUUACAGCUUAUUAGGAAGGGGAUUAGGGCCACAUGUGAUUUUUAAUAUGAAAGAAAUAAAAUCUGA